AUGUUGUUCCCCGCUAAGAGGCUGUGCUUGGUACCAUCCAUGGAGGGCAUUCACUGGGCUGUCUCCUGUGCCACCUGGCAGUCAAUGAGCCACUGGCUUCUUAUGGUGUGGUUGAUCCAGCCUGAGGAGAAGGAGUCCAUCCGCCAGUAUGUUUGCUGAGACUCCAAGGAGGCCAUGACUUGUUGUCUGAUGAUAAAAUUAGUUACAGAGAAAUUGAAUAUCCCUUGGGUUCAUAUCCAUCUGCAGAAAACUUCAAAGGGAAAGCAGGUUCUUGUGAAAGAUUCAUUGAAUCCCUAUCCCAAUUUCAACGUAAACAUCUCUCAUCAAGGGGACUAUGUAGUUCUUGCUGCAGAACCUGAGUUACAAAUUGUCAUUGAUAGCAUGAAGACUAGUUUUCCAGGUCUUGAUUCAAUUCCAGAAUUCUUGCCUAUUAAAAGAAAGUUUACCAACAAAGAGUGGGAAACAAUCAGAAGUUUUAAUGAUGAAUGGACUCGAUUGGAGUUUUACCAGCACUGGGGGCUGAAAGACAGCUUCAUAAAAGUCAUUGGUGCAUUGGGAUUUGAAAUGCAGUGGCUAGAAUUUGACGUAUCUCCAUUAAGCAUGGACACUGGCCAGGUUUAUAAGGAAACACGUUUGAUUUUAGAUGGGGAAGAAGAAAAAGAAUGGGCCUUUGAGGAAAGCAAAAUAGAUGAACACUACUUUGUUGGAGUGGCUGUUAGGAGGCCUGAUGGAUCUAGACAUCAAAAUGUUUCAUAUCAAGAUAAUUCUAAGCCAUCCCAGGGGAAGCUUAUCAUCCUUAACUUUAAUGAUUCGGUAGCAUCGGCUAUUCCUAGGACACCUGAGGAUCCUUCAUUUUGGGACUGUUUUUGUUUCACAGAAGAAAUUCUAGUACGGAAUGGUACCAGGUCAUGA